AUGGAUUUAAAUACAGCAACAAUAACGCAAUCCUGUUUUUUGCAAUACUCUGAUUUGAACUUCUACCGAUCAAUAUUGGAUUCCCCCUACCGCCACUCAGGACAACAUGGACUUUUAAUGAUACUCGCAAUCACUCAUUGGUUUGAGCCAGAUUCAAUUUCAUUAGAAAUUUCAGCGCCAGAAUCGGAUAAAUGGCUCAAUAAGCAACAAACAACAAUUCGGUAUAUGCACCAUCGUGUUAUUUUAAAAUUGCCACUUGGUGUAAAUUUAUUACCACGCAUCAAAAUGUCCAACGAAGAAACUCUUGCUGAUAGAAAUGUUGAGAUUCUGGAAGAUCAAGAGAAGCUCAUCAAAAGAGUCUCUGAGAUGGCCAGGGGGAAUGGAACGAGUAUGGAGUUUCCCUGGAUCUAUACCACCCUAAAAGAUCAGAUCUCCCGGGUCAGCAAGAUGUUGGCCGAUGAAUUCGGUACCGCGUUCAACAUCAAGUCACGUGUAAAUAGGCUAUCGGUACUUGGCGCAAUCACAUCUGUGCAGCAUCGUCUUAAAUUAUAUACGAAAGUACCUCCCAAUGGCCUGGUUAUAUAUUGCGGGACUAUCGUCACUGAAGAAGGAAAAGAAAAGAAGGUCAACAUUGACUUUGAACCUUUCAAACCUAUUAAUACUUCCUUAUAUUUAUGCGACAACAAGUUCCAUACAGAAGCAUUAACAGCAUUGCUAGCAGAUGAUAAUAAAUUUGGUUUCAUUGUAAUGGAUGGUAAUGGUGCAUUAUUUGGUACAUUGCAAGGAAAUACGCGCGAAGUACUCCACAAAUUCACCGUCGAUUUACCAAAAAAACACGGUAGAGGAGGUCAAUCUGCGUUACGUUUCGCCCGAUUGCGUAUGGAAAAGCGACACAACUACGUACGAAAAGUUGCUGAAGUAGCAACUCAGCUGUACAUAUCCAACGACAAACCCAACAUUGCUGGACUUAUUUUAGCUGGUAGUGCUGAUUUCAAGACAGAACUUAGUCAAUCCGAUAUGUUUGAUCCUAGAUUGCAAGGUAAAGUAAUAAAGCUAGUGGACGUUUCAUACGGUGGUGAGAACGGAUUCAAUCAGGCGAUUGAACUGGCGGCCGAGUCGCUGCAGAAUGUUAAAUUUAUUCAGGAGAAAAAAUUAAUCGGGCGCUACUUUGACGAAAUAUCCCAAGAUACCGGUAAAUAUUGUUUCGGAGUAGAAGAUACGCUUCGUGCUUUGGAGCUCGGCAGUGUCGAGACUCUAAUCUGUUGGGAGAAUCUUGACAUUCAGCGAUAUGUGCUCAAAAACCAUACGAAUGGCGAGGAAAAGGUGCUGCAUCUCACUCCAGAAGAAGAAAAAGACAAAAGUCAUUUCACCGAUAAAGAAAGUGGGGUAGAAUUGGAGUUAGUCGAGUGUCAACCGCUCUUGGAAUGGCUAGCGAAUAAUUACAAAAGUUUUGGUGCCACCCUAGAAAUAAUCACAGACAAAUCUCAAGAAGGCUCGCAAUUCGUCAGAGGUUUUGGUGGAAUCGGAGGUAUUUUGCGAUACAAAGUCGAUUUUCAAAGUAUGCAGCUCGAAGAAAUUGAGUUCGACAAUUUCGAUUUGGAUGACUACUAAGCAAAUGAAUAAAAA